CACAAGGUACAAGAAGAAGCAAAGUUUGACAACAGAACAAAACCGAUCCAAAUCAGAAACUCCAAAAAACCCGAAAGCAGCAGUGUCUGAAAGAUUACAAGGAGGGAAAAUGGGGGCGAUCCCAGUAGUGCGGUUCCCGAUCUUCCGGGCUGUGAGAGUGCUUGGAGUUGCAGUGGCGGCUCUAGUCCUCAUCUGGACCAUUCAUUUCCGUGGAGGCUUGGCUCUCAUCUCUGACAACAAAGAUCUCAUCUUUAAUGUUCAUCCCGCGUUGAUGGUGAUUGGACUUGUAAUCUUAAAUGGCGAAGCCAUGCUGGCGUACAAGACAGUAACAGGAACCAAAAGCUUCAAGAAACUAGUUCACCUUACGCUACAAUUCAUUGCCUUUUGUUUUAGCAUUAUCGGUGUAUGGGCUGCCUGGAAGUUCCACGUUGAUAAGGGCAUUGACAAUUUCUACAGCCUGCAUUCUUGGCUGGGUCUAGCUUGUGUGUUCCUUUUUACCAUCCAGUGGGCUGCUGGAUUUGUUACAUAUUGGUACCCAGGUGGCUCGAAAAAUAGUAGAGCUAACUUGAUGCCAUGGCAUGUGUUUUUCGGUAUUUAUAUAUAUGCACUUGCUGUUGCUACUGUGACUACUGGAAUCCUAGAAAAAGCCACAUUUCUUCAAGCCAAGGAUGUAAUAUCACGCUACUCAACUGAAGCUAUGCUGAUAAAUUCUCUGGGGAUAUUGGUUGUUGCGCUGGGCGGUUUUGUCAUUCUCGCGGUUAUUGCUCCUGCUAAUAAAGGUGACAUUAUCAGAGAAUCAAUAGACCAAAGCAAAUCAUUAAUACUGAAAGAGGAAUUAGAAGAUCACGUUGAAGCUCCAUCUUCGGCAAUGGUGGUAGCACCUCAUCUUCCAGACAAAUAAUUUCGUCUGAAUGAAGCUCAAAUUAGCUGAAGAAUGUACACUCAAAUUAUAUGCCAGGUUGAAGCUGAAUAAUGUACUGUCACAUAGUAGGAAUUCUCUCAUCUUUUCAAACAUUUGCUCUACACUAACACCAAAGCAAUAUCCAAAUGAA